AUGAGGAGCAGCAGUUUGCUGCUGAGGAGAUCUCUUAUAUUGAAGGUCAUACCUGAAAAAGUAUGGGGUUGUGGGUCUUCCUUAAGAGUGUUGGAUAUAAGUAGAAAUUCUAUUCAUGAAAUUCCUUCUCAGAUUGGUUCUUUAAACUCAAUCCAGGUAUACGCUUUAGUAUAUACUAUUGGUUUUAUUCGAUUUGAAGGGGAUUGUAAUUUUAUUAUGUUUGUAAUUUUUCGUGCUAUAUGUAUCUUGUGCAGUUUAACUUCAUUACCGUCUUGAUUGGGUGGUUUGGUCUCUCUAACAUAACUUCAUGUUGCAAACAACAAGCUGACUAAUUUUCCACGUCUGGAAAUCUUGAAAGUAAAUAACAACAGGAUAAGCUCAGUUCCGUCGAAUAUAGGGAAUUGUGUCUCCCUUGUCGAGGUGGGGUUGAUCUCAAAUCUCUUGGUAGACUUGCCUGACACAGUUGGGAGUUUACGGAAUCUUGAGGCUCUGCAUCUGAGUAAUAAUGGCCUCAAAUCCCUUCAUUCGAUGCUAUUCAAACUGUGCACCCAGCUCACUACUCUUGAUCUUCAUAAUACAGAAAUCACAAUUGAUAUUCUCAAUCAGUUUGAAGGGUGGGAAAGUUUUGAUGAGCGUCAUAGAUUAAAGCAUCAGAAGCAACUAGAUUUUAGAGUUGGAAGUUCUGGUGUGUUUGAUGAAUGUGCUGAUAAAGAUUAA